AUGAGUCCAGGGCCUCCGGCCAACGUGCUCACCGAAGAACUCCAACUAGACAUGGAUGAAAGUACGUCUCCCAUUCUCCACUUUCCUAUAUCGCCUGGGUGUUUCUAUCCGACGGGUGCUAAGCUUCAAGAGUUCGCCGACAUUGUUCGAGAGCGUGUAGACACUCUGCUCAUUGACGAGCAGCACUACAGUGAGCGUCGAGAUCAACGCCUGCCACCAUUCGAUCCAAAGCAAUGGAAACAGGUACAAACGAGUAAAGAACUCCGGUUCUUCAAACGAAUCCGUGCAGGUCGAACGCUGGAGCAAUUGGCUAGAGAGGAAACUCAUCCGGACAUCAGACAAGCAGUGGAGAAUGGAUAUUCGACUAUACUUUGCGACGGACAAGUACGGGGAUCGAUGGAAAACAUGAUGUACGGGAUGACAGCUGCGUCUCAAGAAGACUUGAUGACUGGUUUCUCGUUCAAGAACGCUCCAAAGGACUGUGUGUGGCUGGGUACUGCUGAAGGACCAACGUCCGAAGACCCUUUUCGUUCGGCUGACUUCAUUUGGGCAUUUCCAAAGUUAACUGCCUAUUCUGUUGAUAUCUGCUACCUUAAAGCUACAGGUGUCAAGAAAGACCAAGACGGGAAACGCUUUGGAUAUCUGGUUCUGCAUUCUGCGGAUUUACCCCAAUGCCGUCCAUUUGAAGCUCGUGGCGUCACGAGAGCGAAGAUGUACUUCACUUGUCUCUUUCGAGAGAAUACUCCUGGAUAUUUGAAUGUGAAAAUCGCCAAGAAAUUAGUGGCGGCUGCAACCAAGUCUUUCAUGAUCGGUCUUCUCAACGGCGUCGGAAUCGGAUUAGCCAAGAAGCUCACAAUCAUGGCACGUCACAACAAGGAUUCUCUUCGGAUUCCCAAGCAGUCCGAGUGCUCCAUCUGCUUCAAGACGAAAAGGAAAUUGCUCUUUGGCUUGAACACGCAUUUAUUCCAGUGUGGCGUGUGUGGAGCCACAGCUUGCUCCAACUGCAUAGCGAACACCAAACAGAUUCUCUUUUUGGGUCUGGAUGCCCCACGCUCGAAACGACCAUGCUGCUUAACCUGUAUGCGAGAUGCUCAAGUUACGCGUGGCGUUCUUCCGGGCGAUCCGGAAUUUCAAGUUAUCGCCGACUUUUACCUUCGUCAACGUACACGAUCAAUUUUGUCGCCGCGAAGUCCCGUUUCAACAGGUUUCCGCUCUCCAUUGCCCGAGAUUUAUCCACUCGACACGAUGACUCGCAAUCGAAGCAGUAGACGUCGAUCAAUCUUGAAGACGAACUUGUCAGCAGACAUGCCUACCAACUCCACGGUUGACGAAAGCUUGGACACGGAUCCGUUCUCGAGAGAGCUGGAUGAGGCAGAUUUCUGCUUCACACGUUGA